AGCCACCCAGUAGUUAUGAAAGGUUUAUGUGCUGAAUGUGGUCAAGACUUAACACAGUUACAGAGUAAGAAUGGAAAACAGCAAGUGCCAUUAUCCACAGCAACUGUCUCCAUGGUGCACAGUGUGCCAGAACUGAUGGUUAGCUCUGAGCAAGCUGAGCAGUUAGGGAGAGAAGACCAGCAGCGGCUACACCGAAACAGAAAGCUAGUUCUCAUGGUCGAUUUGGACCAAACAUUAAUUCAUACAACGGAGCAACACUGUCAACAAAUGUCAAACAAAGGUAUAUUUCAUUUUCAGUUAGGGAGAGGUGAACCUAUGCUGCAUACUCGUUUACGUCCUCAUUGCAAGGAAUUUCUAGAAAAGAUUGCCAAACUAUAUGAACUGCAUGUUUUCACCUUUGGUAGCCGGCUUUAUGCACACACCAUCGCAGGUUUUUUAGACCCUGAAAAGAAGCUUUUUUCUCACCGAAUAUUGUCAAGGGAUGAGUGUAUUGACCCAUUUUCUAAAACAGGGAACCUUAGAAAUCUUUUCCCGUGUGGAGAUUCAAUGGUUUGCAUUAUUGAUGACCGAGAAGAUGUCUGGAAGUAUGCGCCCAAUUUGAUAACUGUAAAGAAAUAUGUAUACUUUCAGGGCAUAGGAGAUAUUAAUGCACCUCCUGGAUCCAGAGAAACUCAAAUGAAAAAGAAAGUUAAUCAUUCUUCUAAAACAGCUGAAAUCUCAGAACAAACCAUAUCCCUGAAAGAUGCUGAAGAUGGAAAGAGUGUUUCUUGUGUAGAAGAACAGAGUAAUGGCCUUGGGAAAUCCACAAAGGAAUUGAAUGGUAGUAAGGUUAUACACAGUGAAUCUUCCAAAUGGUGUUUAAGUUCUAGUGAUAAAAUAAAUGAGAGACAUUCCUUCCAUGGUACCUCUGAUCACAUAACAGAUGCUACGAGUACUAAUGAUUUGAUGACUGGGAAGGAAUCUCAGAUUUCUUCAGAACAGGAUGACAGAACAUCAUCAGAAAAACAUCCUGGCCAAAGCAAUGCAGGUAAUGAUUUGGACUUUGAACUCUCUAGUGACAGUGAAAGUAAUAGCGAAUUAGAUGGCCACAAAUCUGCUUCCUCUUCUGCAUCUGAAAGUGAAAAUGAAGAGAAGAGAAGCUGGAAGAAGUCAAAAGUAACACAGGAAGAGACUUCUCAACCACAGGAUGGCACAGACCCAAGUAUGGAGAAAACUGCUGGAGUCAAUCAUUCCACAGAGUCUGGCUCUAGUGUACAUCUUCAUGGUAAAGUCAAUGACCUUGAAGUACCUGAAGAAAGUGAACAGGAUGGCCUUUGUGAUCUGGGAAAUGGCUGUGUGGACAAGAAAGAAGCAGAGACAGAGUCCCAAAAUAGUGAACAAUCUGGUAUUACAGUGGGUGAGUCUUUAGAUCAGAGCAUGGAAGAAGAGGAGGAAGAGGAAGAAGAUAAUGAUGAAGAUGAUCAUUUAAUUUACCUUGAAGAGAUUCUUGUUCGAGUACAUAAUGAUUAUUAUACAAAGUAUGAUAAAUACCUGAAUAAGGAGAUCCAAGAAGCACCUGAUAUACGGAAAAUAGUACCAGAACUGAAAAGUAAGGUGUUGGCAGAUGUUACCAUAAUAUUUAGUGGGGUGUGUCCAACAAAUUUUCCAAUAGAAAGGACACGAGAACAUUAUCAUGCAACAGCACUUGGAGCUAAGAUCAAUAAGAAUUUGAUAUUGAGUGCCGAUGAUCCUAACAAAGCAACUCACCUUAUUGCAGCAAGGGCUGGCACAGAGAAAGUAAGACAAGCUCAAGAGUGUAAACAUCUUCAUGUUGUAAACCCUGAUUGGUUGUGGAGCUGCUUGGAAAGGUGGGACAAAGUAGAGGAACAACUCUUCCCUUUAAAGGACGAUUACAUCAAAACGCAAAGGGAAAAUAGUCCAGCAACAUUUCCUGAUAUACAGAGUGCUUUUCCAACAGCCUUGUUCCAUCCAACACCUAUCCAUCCAAAGUGUCAACCUGGCCCAGAAGUUCGAAUUUAUGAUUCUAACACUGGGAAACUAAUCAGAAAAGGGUCUCAGAAUUCUGGACAGUCUCUAUAUAUCCAGUCACCAGCUUCUCCUGUCACAUUACCAGUCCACGGGGAACAUUCUUCCUUCAGAGUUGUUCAACCACAUCAACAACAGAUGUUUGAAGAAGAAUUGCCAGCAAGUCAAGACGAAGAAGAGCAGCCUGGUCCAUCUAGAAGAAAACGACAGCCAAGUAUGUCUGAGACAAUGCCGCUAUACACACUUUGUAAAGAGGAUUUAGAAAGUAUGGAUAAAGAGGUUGAUGACAUCUUAGGAGAAGGGAGCGAUGACAGUGACACGGAAAAGAAGAAGCUAGAAGAGGGAGAGAAACCCCAAAAGGGUGAAACUGAGAAUCUUGGAACAAAAAUUGAACAAAGACCUGGGUCAUCAUCAUCGAGUGAAAGAAGCCUGUCAGGCAGUAUACCCAGAGGCCACAAGCGGAAGCUGAAUGAGGAUGAUGCUGCCAGUGAAUCUAGUAAAGAAUCCAGUAAUGAAGAUGAAGAGGGAAGCAGCUCAGAGGCAGAUGAAAUGGCAGCUGCUCUUGAAGCUGAGUUGAAUGACUUCAUGUGACAUCUGGGAGGAGGAUUUGUAAUUAUGUUUUAUUUCUUGUAACAGAUCACAGACUUCAAGUGAGCCCCGUAUGGUAGCAGUCAGUUAUUUUUUUUCCCCUCAAAGCCAAUAUGUAUAUUUUGUAAAUCAACACAAAAAGGCGACACAUUAUUUUACACAAUCAGAAAUAGGUGUUUUUAAGGUGUUUUAUUACAGUCAAAGUAUACUUUUUUAAAUAGCAAAAGUGUUAAAGGGGGGAAAGGGGAAUUAGUGUGCAAUGCCAAAGAAGUGUUGAAUUUUACAGAAUAUAUAGUAGUAGGAGGGUUUGUGAUUUAUUGACACAUUGCAGGGUUUUUUUUUUUUUUUUGGUUGUUUUUUUUUUUUCUUUUUUAAAUACCACAGAACAUGAUUUGGGGUAAAAGAUUUCAGGGAAACAGACAAGAUAAGAGGAAUGAUGUAGCAAGAAUAUGAUGAUCUUAGUCAUGCUUUUUCACAGCUAAAGCUAUUGAAAAUAGAAAAAGGAUUUUAAAAUGUAAAACAAUUUAUAUUUGUAUAGAAACUAAAAAGUGUGAUAUGCAGGCUUCAUGAACUCUGCACUUGACACCCAUGUCACUUGUAUCUGAAAGAAUACAUAAUGAUCAAAUUUCCUAUUUUUAAGUUACUUUCUGAAGUAGUUGGGCUCUUUAGAAGACUAUUGUUUAGAUUUUAAACUUUGCUUCUGUGUAACCUGGAAUUUUAGCACAGUAUAUGUGCUCUGCCAUCCUGUACUGCCAUAAGGAACUUAUUCAUGCAUUUGUUUUCUUCAUAAAAGGAAUGAGUGCUAGUUUAUCUUAGAUAGGAUUUUAUUUCUUUGGCUGAGAGAUCUGAUGUAAAGUUUUUGUAUAUUCUAUUUCAUAUUUGACCCACCAAACAGAUUUUUCUUUCAUUUAAUAAAGAUCCAUUUUG